AUGUAUGAAUGUAUAGAUUUUGAAGCACUGAAAGAGGAAGUCCGAAGGGAAAGACUCGAGGGGAAAAAGACCAAUGAUGUUGAUGCAGAUGCACGGAGGGAGCCCAAGCGGGAGGAGGGCGGUUUGCUGAAGUGGUUGAUGCGUGGCUUCAAGGGUCGGUUGAUGAAUGGGCUGAAGAGUCAGCAGAAAAACGAGUUGAAAAACCAGAUGAAGAGCGAAUCGAAGAGGGAACUGACGAAGGCCCCCCCUCAGAACUGCUCAGCCAAGGAGCCCCGAAGUAGCCCAAAGGAGGGCAUCGAAAAUAUGAGCCCCAAGAUGGCCAUCAAAGCGAUCAACCCGACCCAUCUGUACAACUACUUCCAGCUUCUGCUAGACGAAGGAAACGACAAGUGCCUGUUCCUCGUUGACCUUCAGACAGAAGAGGAAUUCCAAAUGUACCAAAUAAAAAAUGCUGUACAUAUAAGAAACGAAUACCUAAUGGACCGAAUGAAGAAGGAAAUCGAGUUGAAGAAAGACGCAAAGGUAGUAUUUUAUCAUGCGAAUGAAGAGGUUCAAAAGAAUUCCCGUUAUGGACGCCUGGUGUAUAGCCAUUUCGCCAAUGUGAAAGCCAACUUUUAUUUACUAAGGGGAGGCUACGAAAAUUUUGAAAAGGAAUACUUCUUUUUAUGUAUAAAUAAAAAUAGACUUAACACAAAUUUAUCAUCCAUCCAAAAUUGCGAAGCGUAUAUUAGCUACCCCAUAAAAUUCUGCAGCAACCUUUUUAUCGGAACUCCCAUACAUAUGAUCAAUCCGUCCUUAAGUAACCAUUUGAACAUAAAAUAUGUGUACGAUUUUACAGACUCUGGAUAUGAAAUGAAAAUUGUAGAAGGAAUAGAAUACUCCAGAUAUAAUGUAACAGACAGAACUGUAAGAAAUUCAAAUGCAUGCAAAGGUCAAUGUGUGAAGUAUGAAAACAUUUUGGACAUUCGAAUGAUGUACGACAUUAUACAGAGCAUUCUGCAAAAUGUUGAUCUGAACGAAAAUAUAUGCACAGUGGAAUCCAAUAUUCUAAGUGGAAAUGCAGAUAAACAAAAGGAUAUAGUAAAGGGAACACACCAUAUGGAGAAAUCAAGCGCUACUGCAGAUAGAAGACAUUCACAGAAAAAGGCAAUGCUCAAUAUUUCCAACAAACAAAACAUGCAAAACGGAAAUAUACUAAUCAUGUGUAAUCACGGUAUGAAAAAUCGCAGGAGGGAAAAGAUCAACAGCAUAAGUUUAGUAAUCGCCAUGUGCUAUCUUAUGUACACAAGAAGGUAUGACCCCAAUUUAAUCAUUGCCUCUGUCCUUAGGAUAAACAAUAAUUUCAACAUAACUGCUCAGACCAUGAAUUUUCUAUACAAGUUUUACGAUAGCUUGAAGAGAUAUGACUACAACAUGGACGUAUUCUAUUCCCACGAGAAGAAAAGAAAAAUGGAGAAAAAAAAAAGCAACCACUAG